CGCACUCUACUCUACUCUCCAUCGCAGUAGCACGUCACCAGCUCCGCACGCGCACGGCGCACCACAUGGCUUCCGCCGCCGCCGCCGCCGACGUGGUCUCCGUCGAGCUCCUCCCGUUCAUCCGCGUCUACGCGAGCGGCCGCGUGGAGCGCCUGCUCGGCACCGACGCUGUCGCGGCGUCCCUCGACGAAUCCACUGGCGUGGCCUCCAAGGACGUCACCGUCGACCCAGCGACCAACCUCUCCGUGCGGCUCUACCUCCCGCCGGAGGUCGCCGCCGGGGAGAGGCUGCCUAUCCUCGUGUACUUCCACGGCGGCGGCUUCAUGGUCGAGUCGGCCGCGUCCCCGACGUACCACCGCUACCUCAACGCGCUCGCCUCCCGCGCCCGCGUCGUCGCUGUGUCCGUCGAGUACCGCCUCGCGCCCGAGCACCCGCUCCCCGCCGCGUACGACGACUCGUGGGCGGCGCUCGCGUGGGCGGCCGCCGCCGCCGGCGACGGCGACGGCUCAGAGCCGUGGCUCGCCGCGCACGGGGACGCGUCGCGCGUGUUCCUCGGAGGGGACAGCGCGGGCGCGAACAUCGCGCACAACGUGGCCAUGCGUGCCGCCGCCGACCCCCUCCCGGGCGGCGCGGGGGUCACCGGCGUGACGCUGAUUCACCCCUACUUCUGGGACGCGUCGAACACCAUGGGCCCGGCGCUCGAGGAUCGGAUCUGCCGGGAGUGGCGGUUCAUGUGCGGGAGCCCCGACGCCCGCGUCGACGACCCGCGGCUGAGCCCGACGGUCGAGGGGGCGCCGUCGCUCGCCGCGCUGCCGUGCAAGAGGGCGAUGGUGGCCGUGGCGGCGGACGACUUCCUGGCGGCGAAGGGGCGUGCGUACCACGCGGCGCUCGUCGCGAGCCGGUGGGCCGGGGAGGCCGAGCUGGUGGACACGCCGGGGGAAGACCACGUGUUCCACCUCCUGCGGCCCGGGACGGCGGCGGCCGAGAAGAUGAUGGACCUUGUCGUGGAUUUCGUCACUCGCGCUUGACUUGGUGCACGGUGCGAGCGUGUCAUAGUUGAAGAAAACAAUAAAAUAAAUAUAUUACUCCCUCGGUUUUAAAUAAUUUACAUCGGUUACUGUUCGUUUGGAAAUUUGAC